CUCUGGGGGUUGUCCAUAGACUGUAUAUAAAAUGGGGUUGUCUGAUCACUCGGGAAAUGCAAACAUACCAGAAAUUCUAGCGGUUCUUUGGGAAUACUUCUUUAAGAAAGCACAACUGCCUUGUAAAAGAGUUUGUUUCUUUAAUCUAAGAAUGCUUGACGAUCUCCUCUCCCUUUCACUUUUUUGGAUCAUCGUGGGUUUGUUGGUCUUCUCCUUUUUUCACGGGAGAUUCAGAGUCCUUGAAAAUGUGGAGCCUCCAGGACCCAGACCGCUUCUUUUUCUUGGUAACCUCCUUCAGCUGGACCUAAAGAGAUUGGACAAAAGUCUUUGUGAUCUGUCGAAAAAGUAUGGACCAGUCUUUCAAAUCUACUUUGGUCCAAAGAAGGUGGUGGUCCUAGCAGGUUAUAGGACCGUCAAACAGGCUCUGGUUAACCAUGCUGUGGAGUUCGGAAACAGAGAAGUCACUCCAAUUUUCUACGAUUUCAAUAAAGGACACGGUAUACUGUUUGCCAAUGGAGACUCAUGGAGAGAAAUGAGGCGCUUUUCUCUGACAACAUUAAAAGAUUUUGGAAUGGGCAAAAGACUCAGCGAAGAAAAAAUCAUUGAGGAAUGUUACUAUCUGAUUGAAGAAUUUGAACGUUUUAAAGGAAAACCUUUUAUCAACAGUCAAGCUAUUCAUUAUGCUGUUUCAAAUGUUAUGUCGGCUGUAACUUUUGGAAAGAGGUUUGAAUACACAGACCCUGUAUUUCAAGCCAUGGUGGACAGAGAUAAUGAAAGUAUUCAUCUGGCAGGAACGGCUUCAGUCAUGAUUUACAACUUACUCCCCUGGUUGGGGCCUUACCUUAAAAAUUGGAGAGAUUUGAUGAAAAAUAUAGAAGAUGGAAAGUCAGACAUCGGGAAGAUCAUUGCAGAUCUAAAGAACACCCUGGACCCCAACUUGUGCAGAUGCUUUGUGGACGCUUUUCUGAUCCGGAAGCAAAAUCUGGAGGAGUCCAAAAUCAACAGUUCCCUUUACAAUGACAAUAACCUCCUCUACAGUGUGAUGAAUUUGUUUGGAGCUGGAAACGACACAACUGGCAACACCUUAAAGUGGUGUUUGCUUUACAUGGCUAAACACCCGUGUGUUCAAGAGCAGGUCCAGGACGAGCUGAAGCGGGUGGUAGGAAGUCGUCAGGUGCGUGUAGAGGACAGAAAGAACCUGCCGUUCACUGACGCCGUCAUCCAUGAAUCCCAGAGACUCGCAAACAUCGGGCCGAUGGCUCUUCCUCACGCAACGAGCCAAGACGUCACUUUUCAGGGCUACUUCAUCAAAAAGGGAACCACUGUGAUUCCUCUUCUCACUUCCGUCCUGUAUGAUGAGAGUGAAUGGGAGAGCCCCUAUUCUUUUAACCCCUCUCAUUUUCUGGAUAAAGAGGGCAAAUUCAUCAAGAGAGACGCCUUCUUGGCUUUUUCUGCAGGGCGAAGAGCGUGUCUGGGGGAAAGUUUGGCCCGAAUGGAGCUCUUUCUGUUCUUCACCUCCCUGCUCCAGCACUUUACUUUUACCCCUCCGCCUGGAGUUUCAGAGGAUGAGCUGGAUUUGACUCCAGUCGUGGGCGUCACGCUGUGUCCUCAGCCUCAGAAGCUGUGUGCAGUCAGACGCCAGUGAGGAACAGAGGUGGACAUUUGGUUUUUGGAACUCUAUAAAACAUCCAGUUGUUGUCCUUCUCUGAGAUCAGGGAGAUGAUCGGACAUUUGGAGCAGAAAGCAUGUUUGUAUGUUUCUUCUUAAGUCUGAAGAAACAAAAAAGCUAGAAUGCAGACUUCUAAUCAUUGACUAACCUGUCUAGCAGGAAAUGUAAAACUUGUUUGGACAAGCAGCUUUGUAGGUUUGCGUGGAAAGUUGGGACACGGUGACCUGAUUACAAGAAUCAGGUUAAAUUCUUCUGUUGGAACAUUUAUAGUAAUGGAAAAAAUAGAUAAAUAUUGAUUUUUAAAGAACUGUUACCACAAAAAUCUGGUCAUUCUGUUUUAGCACAGCUCCAACUUUAAGGACAAAAGCUAUGCAGCAUUUUAUAUUUUAACAGGAGAUGAAAUGGAAAGCUUGCAAAAAAAUGGCAAAACAAAGCAUGAAUCAGAUUAAAAGAAAAGAAAAAAAAACAGUUUAACCCAUUAAAAAAGUUAUCCUGUGAA